GUCCCCUCUUGACCAUACGACCACGCGACCUUCUUCCUUUGCUGCUGCCAGGCCUUUCUGUUUACACCACCCGUAUCGCUGGCCCUGCUACAUGCAACAACCCGCAGUCGUCUGCGCCGUACCGCUUACUUCCGCAUUUCCGUUCGCUGGACGCCCAAGCAGCCACCAUGUCUGACAUCGACAAGUCGUUUGCCUUUCUCCAGGACAACAUCCCGCAAUGGCUGCACCAGAUCACGACCGCCGAGGACAGGGUGACGGCAACGCAAGACGAAAUCACAAAAGUACCUAUAUCACAGUCGCCAUUCGCAAAGCAGAAAUCAGAUUCGACCGCUUCCAUACGCCCGGGCAAGCUCGACGCCAUCGCAGAAGACGCCACGCCCUCGACUGCCACGCCCGCCGACCCCAUUGUGAGCCGGAAACGCAAGUCUCUCUCCAUUUCCUCGAACCAGGAACCCGACUCCGCUCGCCAUCGCUCUCGGAUCAUGGUUGUCACCAGCUAUGACGGGGAUAUGCAAAAGUCUUUUGAAUUACUGGUUCGCGCUUUCGGAACAGGGCGCAACCUGCUACGAAAGGCCAAGAUGGAAGCCAGGAUGAACGAUAUGGCCUCCAUGGCAUCCUCCAGCGAGGAGGACGAUGACGAUGACGACGAAGAUGAAAUCAGCCCAGCCAAAGUAAACUACAGAGCACGCAUGUCAGCACUGCGGGCACGAUCGGCAGCAAGACGAAGUGGCCGAUUAGGUGUCAGUAGCGGUGUAGAGACACCAGCAGAACUAUUCGACUCUACAGAUAAGAUACUCGAACAAGCACAAGAACUAUGCGAAAAGGCAGCGCAUCUCACCCUGCGCGACGGCGACUGCAGAAAAGAAUUAACGACAAUACGGAAGAGCUUCGAGGCCCUGUUAGAGACCGCCAAGACCGAAAUCGACAAAUGCAAUGCGCGCAAGUCGCAAGACCCACCAGAGUUGCAAGCACAUGAAACCUCGGAUACCUCCAUGUCGUCGCUGGAACCCGAGGCGGUCUACCGGAAAGAUGUACACCAAAUCUCUCUGCCGGUAUCCGACAAACAUUCCAAGCCCACCAGCCCAAGAGAAGCCGCCGUCUCGAAACCACUAAACACUCUCAACAUCGAGGUCGACGAAAAUGACGACUCUGACGAGGAUUUCGUCUUACCCCCAAUCCGGCUCACAUCCCGCUUUAACCGAUGAGACAAUAAGGUUCUCAUCUCUCUCUCUCUCUUACAUAUACAGUCGUUAUCUCUAGUGCGUUCAAGCGGGUCACGUUUCAUUCAUGCUUUUUUUUCUUUUUUCCCCAUCUGGCGUUCUCUAGGGAGGAUUAUAUGUACUCGAAGGGGGAGGGAUUUCCAAAACAACAAUCAAACUCUCUUCUUUCUCUUUGCAUCAUGUUGGAAAUGAAAAUUAUGGAGGGGUGUCGGUGGGGGGACAUAAAUAUAUCCAUGGCGUUUCCGAGCUACACG